AUGUGGUUUGGCCUUGCGGGUGUAGCAGUAGAGCGUUGUUUGCGUGCCCGCAGGUGCGUGGCGUGCGCGGAGGAGGGCGGCGGCGGCGUGGGCGGCGGCGUGGGCGUCUGCGCGGCCAAGGGCGACCCGCUGCUGCGCGCCGUGGUGUUGGGCGUGCAGCUGCUGUGCAUGAGCAUCACCGUGCUGCUGGCGGGCGUGGUGUUCCGCCAGCGCAAGUGCAAGGCCAUCGCAACAGGCAUGUGGACCAUUCUAGAAACGAUACUUCUAGGAAUAUUCUUGUUGUAUUCUACGGUGGUUGUGAGAUUUUUCGAGCCGUCGGUGCUGCAAUGCCUCAUCGAGCCGUGGGUCAGGGAACUGGGGUUCGUCAUUUGCUACGGCGCCAUUAUCCUCAAACUGUACAGGAUCCUGAUCGAGUUCCGAACGCGCAAGGCGCACCGCUGGGUGGUGCGCGACAAGGACCUGCUCAAGUACCUGCUGGCCAUGGUGAUCAUCGUGCUGGGCUACAUGGCGGCGUGGACCGCCUCCAACCUUAACUUCAUCCAGGAGAACUACAGCGUGCUGGCCGUGGGCCGCACGGCCGACGGAGCGCGCUUCCUAGUCUGCAAGGCGCUGUGGUGGGACUACGUCACGGAGACAGGGGAGCUGCUGAUCCUGCUGUUCGGCCUGCACCUGAGCUUCGCCGCGCGCAACGCCGCCACGCAGUUCCAGGAGCGGCGCUUCUUGUGCCUGGCCAUCGCCGUGGAGGCGGCCGUCAGCGGCGCCUUCUACGCCCUGCGCGUGGCCCUGCAUGCGCGCCUGCACCCCGACUACGCCUACCUCGCCCACUUCGCGCGCAGCCAGCUCACCUCCACCGCAGUGCUGCUGCUCAUCUUCAUGCCCAAGGUACUACUCUCUUCUCCUGCAUCUUCAUUCUUCCCCACGCUCUUUCGCCACUCUCCACCAUAG